UGAAGUUGUUAUUCUUCUCUCUUGUUUCAACUUGCAGAGUCUUAACUUGCUUAGUUUAACAACAACAAUCCCUUUAGUCAGAGGAAAUGAGACUGAUCAACAAGCUUUACUUCAGUUCAAAGCCAAGAUAACCGGUGAUCAGCUAAGAAUUAUGGCGUCCUGGAAUAGUUCGAGUCACUUCUGUCACGGCGUGGUGUUACAUGCAGUCUCAUGCAUCAGAGAGUCACCAAGUUGUAACUGGAAUCCCUAAAAUUAUCGGGAUCUUUAUCACCAUACAUUGGAAAUUUGAGUUUUCUCAGGGAGUUGAAGCUUGACGGUAACAACUUCUUCAACCAUAUUCCUCAAGAAGUAGGUCGUUUAAGGAGACUGGAAACACUAGGACUGGCUAAUAACUCCAUUAACGGUGAAAUUCCUUCUAAUUUAUCUCUUUGUUCUAAGCUUACAGUUGUUGAUAUGAGGAGUAAUCAGCUAACUGGAGAAAUGCCUGCUUUUCUGGGUUUCUUGACAAACCUGAAAUUCUUGAGAUUUAGAAACAACAGUUUGAGAGGGACUAUCCCACCUUCCUUGGGGAACUUGUCAUCCCUGGAGGUACUUGAUUUGGCGGCUAAUGGAUUAACUGGGAUUCUACCAGAAGCUCUUGGAAGAUUGACAAAUCUUUCAUAUUUCACAGUAGCAACAAAUGCAAUUUCUGGGAAUGUUCCCGUCUCAAUGUUCAAUCUCUCCAAUAUCAGAUUCUUUUCGGUCGGUGGAAACAACAAUAUUCAUGGUACUCUUCCUUCUAACCUAGCUAUCACGAUGCCAUAUAUUGAAUUCUUUUCUGUAGCGGAAAACCAACUCUCUGGACAAAUCCCAAUUUCAGUUUCCAAUGCCUCAAAUCUGAAUGUACUUGAAUUGGAUGGUAACAGACUCAAUGGAAAUGUGCCGUCAUUGGAAAAACUGGAUAAACUACGGAUACUAACCGUAUUCACAAACCAGUUGGGACAUGGGAGAGAAGGUGACUUGAACUUUCUCUGCACUUUAGUGAAUGAUACCAAACUAGAAUCUCUAGAUAUAAGCAUAAAUAAUUUUGGAGGGGUAUUUCCCAAAUGCAUUAGUAAUUUUUCCAGUGCCGUCUUACAAUUAGUAAUGGAAGAUAACAAAAUGUGGGGAAGAAUCCCGGAUGGGAUAGAAAAUCUCAUCAAUUUGGAGUCGCUAAGGGUAUCAGAAAAUCAUCUAUCAGGUCAUAUUCCUUUCAAUAUUGAGCUUAACACUCUUCAGGGCAGCAUUCCUUCAAGUCUAGGUAAGUGCCAAAAUUUGCUGGUAAUGGAUCUUUCUGAUAAUAAUCUUAGUGGAACCAUUCCUCCUCAAGUACUUGGACUAUCAUCCAUGUCCAUUGCACUAGACUUAUCAUCAAACUAUUUGACUGGUGAGCUCCCUCUUGAAAUAGAAAAUCUAGAAAAACUAGGUGAAUUGGAUGUUUCCAGGAACAGGUUAUCUGGUUUUCUUCCAAACAAUCUUGGCAGCUGUGUAGGUCUAGAGAAGCUGUUGUUGGAUGGGAAUUCGUUUGAAGGGCCCAUCCCUUCAUCUUUUAGUUCAUUGAGAGGUCUUGUAAGAUUGGACAUGUCCGACAAUAAUCUUUCAGGAGUCUUUAAGAAUGCAAGCGCUACGUUCGUUGAGGGAAACAAUAAGCUUUGUGGAGGAAUCCCUGAGUUACACUUGUCUAGAUGUAACUCGAAAACAUCAUCAAACACUUCCUUGAAAAUUGCAAUUGUUGUUGUGGUUUUUGGAGUGACUUUGGUUUUCACUUCUCUCCUCGUCUUGUGGUUUAGAAAGAAGAAAGAGCAACCAACAACAACUUGUGUUGAGAAUUCACUUCUGCAGUUAUCGUACCAAAUGAUCCUAAAGGCCACUGAUGGAUUCUCCAUGCAGAAUUUUCUUGGAUCUGGAAGCUUUGGUUCUGUGUACAAGGGAAUUCUUGAAGAGAGUGGAGAAACUAUUGCAAUAAAGGUGCUUAAUCUUCUGAAUCAGAGAGCUUCUAGGAGUUUCAUGGUUGAAUGUGCCUUGAAGAACAUUCGGCAUCGGAAUCUUGUCAAGGUAUUAACAGCCAUUUCAGGUGUCGAUUACCAAGGUAAUGAUUUUAAAGCGUUGGUUUAUGAGUUCAUGGAAAAUGGAAGCUUGGAGAAUUGGCUGCAUCCAUCUACUGCUAUCAAUGAACCGGAGAUGAUGAGAAACUUAAACUUCUUCCAAAGAGUUAAUGUGGCCAUCGAUGUUGCUCAUGCACUUGAAUAUCUGCACCACCAUUGUGAAACACCAAUUAUUCAUUGCGGCCUCAAGCCAAGCAAUAUUCUACUCGAUGAGGCAAUGGUUGGUCAUCUAAGUGACUUUGGCUUGGAAAAAUUCCUUGCUGAAGAUUUGCUUAACUAUUCUACUAAUCAGUCAAGCUCUCUUGGGUUAAGAGGAACUAUUGGUUAUGCUCCACCAGGUCAGUUUAGUUUAUCCAUUUCUUCCAGUCAUCGUUUAAAUACUUUAGCUUAG